AAAACAUCGAAAUACAACUUCUUCACUUUCCUGCCUCUCAACCUGUUUGAACAGUUUCAGCGAAUAGCCAAUGCUUACUUUCUUUUCUUGCUGAUUUUGCAGUUGAUUCCUCAGAUUUCCUCGCUGGCCUGGUUUACAACGGUGGUGCCCCUAGUGCUGGUGCUGGCUGUAUCAGGAGUCAAGGAUGCCAUCGAUGAUUUUAAUCGACACAAAAGUGACAAGCACGUCAACAACCGCCCGGUCCAGGUCCUGAUCAAUGGCAUGUUAAAGGAUGAAAAAUGGAUGAAUAUCCAAGUGGGGGAUAUUAUAAAACUAGAAAACAACAACUUUGUGACGGCUGAUCUACUGUUACUGUCGAGCAGCGAGCCGCACAGCCUGACAUAUAUUGAGACAGCCGAACUGGAUGGUGAAACCAACCUAAAGGUGAAGCAGGCACUGACAGUCACUGCAGAACUUGGAGAAGAUCUUCAGAAACUGACAGAGUUCAAUGGUGAAGUCAAAUGUGAGGCACCAAAUAACAAAUUGGAUAAGUUCACAGGAACUCUUACUCUUCGAGGGGAGAAGUAUGCCCUGGACAAUGAGAAGAUGUUGCUGAGGGGCUGUACGAUUAGAAACACAGAAUGGUGCUUCGGUCUCGUUAUUUAUGCCGGGCCAGACACCAAACUAAUGCAGAACAGUGGAAAAACAACUUUUAAACGGACGAGCAUUGAUCGGCUCAUGAAUGUCCUUGUGUUGGUGAUCUUUGCAUUUUUAGCACUGAUGUGCCUUAUCCUAGCCAUUGGCAAUGGCAUCUGGGAGUAUGAUACGGGCUACUACUUCCAGGUCUAUCUGCCUUGGGCUGAAGGCAUCAACUCUGCUGCCUACUCCGGCUUCCUCAUGUUCUGGUCAUACGUGAUCAUUCUAAACACAGUGGUGCCAAUUUCGCUCUAUGUCAGUGUAGAGAUUAUACGCUUGGGUAACAGUUUCUACAUUGACUGGGACCGUAAAAUGUAUUAUCCACUGAAUGACACACCAGCUCAGGCUCGUACCACUACACUCAAUGAGGAGCUGGGGCAGAUCAAGUAUAUCUUCUCAGACAAGACAGGAACUCUCACUCAGAACAUCAUGUGUUUCAACAAGUGCUCCAUCAAUGGCAAAUCCUAUGGUGAUGUGUAUGAUAUGGCUGGGCAAAGGAUAGAAAUAAAUGAGAACACGGAGAAGGUUGAUUUCUCAUACAACCCAUUAGCCGACCCGAAGUUUGCCUUCUAUGACCACAGCCUGGUUGAAGCUGUGAAGCUAAAUGAUGUCCCGACGCACAGGUUCUUCCGGCUGCUCUCACUUUGUCACACAGUGAUGCCAGAAGAGAAGAAGGAAGGUAACUUGGUGUAUCAGGCCCAAUCUCCUGACGAGGGAGCCCUUGUCACUGCUGCCAGAAACUUUGGAUUUGUGUUCCGGGCUCGCACACCAGAGACCAUCACUGUUGUGGAAAUGGGAGAAACGAAAAUCUACCAACUCCUGGCUAUCCUUGAUUUCAACAACGUUCGCAAGCGAAUGUCUGUUAUUGUGCGGAGUCCAGAAGGUGACUUGACUUUGUACUGCAAGGGGGCUGACACCAUUCUUUAUGAACUGCUUCAUUCAUCCUGCGACUCUCUCAAAGAGGAAACCACAGAACACCUGAACGAGUUUGCUGGUGAGGGUCUGAGGACACUUGUGGUGGCCUAUAAAAGCCUGGACGAAGACUACUUUCAGGACUGGAUCAGGCGUCACCAUGAAGCAAGCACUGCCUUGGAAGGACGGGAAGAUAAAUUGUCAGAGAUAUACGAAGAGAUUGAAAAAGACCUAAUGCUGCUAGGUGCCACAGCGAUUGAGGACAAGUUACAAGACGGAGUCCCACAGACAAUCGAGACUCUUGCCAAAGCCAACAUAAAGAUAUGGGUUCUCACUGGAGACAAGCAAGAGACAGCAAUGAAUAUUGGUUACUCCUGCAACUUGCUGAAUGAUGACAUGGAGGAUGUUUUCGUUAUUGAAGGCAGCACAUCUGAUGAUGUACUUAAUGAGCUGAGGGAUGCAAGGAAAAAGAUGAAGCCAGACUCCUUUCUGGACAGUGAUGAAAUCAACAUUCAGUUUGAAAAAUCUUCAAAAAAAAUAAAAAUUCUACCUGACGAGCAAGCCAAUGGGGUGUACGGUCUGGUUAUCACCGGCCACAGCCUGGCUUACGCGCUGGAAGGGAAUCUGGAGCUGGAGCUGGUAAGGACCGCCUGCAUGUGCAAAGUGGUGAUCUGCUGCCGGGUGACUCCCCUGCAGAAGGCCCAGGUGGUGGAGCUGGUGAAGAAGUACAAGAAGGCUGUGACCCUGGCAAUCGGAGACGGCGCCAACGAUGUCAGCAUGAUCAAAACUGCCCACAUCGGGGUUGGUAUCAGUGGCCAGGAGGGGAUGCAGGCUGUCUUGUCCAGUGACUUCUCCUUUGCACAGUUCCGCUACCUGCAGCGCCUGCUCUUGGUCCACGGCCGGUGGUCCUACAUCCGCAUGUGCAAAUUCCUCAAAUACUUCUUCUAUAAGAAUUUUGCCUUCACGUUGCUGCAUUUCUGGUAUGGUUUCUUCUCUGGCUUCUCAGCACAGACUGUCUACGAUGAGUGGUUCAUUACACUUUACAAUUUGGUGUAUACCUCCCUCCCGGUGCUAGGAAUGAGUCUCUUCGAUCAGGAUGUGGAUGAUCGUUGGAGCAUGCUGUUUCCUCAGCUGUAUGUGCCUGGCCAGCAAAACCUCUAUUUUAACAAAGUGGUGUUUGUCAAGUGCAUGUUGCAAGGAAUCUACAGUUCCCUCAUUCUCUUCUUCAUCCCCUAUGGGGCCAUGUACAAUACAAUGAGAAGUGAUGGGAAGGCCAUUGCUGACUACCAGUCCUUUGCACUGAUGGCCCAGACCUGCUUACUGAUUGUGGUGUCUGUACAGAUUGGCUUGGACACCUCUUACUGGACAGUUGUGAACCAAUUCUUCAUCUGGGGCAGCCUUUCUGUUUACUUUGCUAUCACCUUCACUAUGUAUAGUGAUGGCAUGUACCUGAUCUUCACAGCCUCCUUUCCCUUCGUUGGUACAGCUCGAAACACCCUCAGCCAACCAAACGUGUGGCUAGCAAUCUUCCUCAGCAUCACCCUCUGUGUGCUGCCUGUAGUUGGCUUUCGAUUCCUGAAGGCUCAGCUAAAGCCAACUCCCAGUGAUAAAGUCCUGCUCAAGAUCAAAGAAGCCAAAAAGAGGCCACCUCCACCCUCACCCAAGAGACGCCUGCGUCGGACCAGCACCCGCCGCUCUGGCUAUGCCUUCUCCCAUCAGCAUGGCUUUGGAGCACUCAUUAUGUCUGGGAGAAACAUGCGGCCAAAAUCACCUUUUGCCACAACAGGAACAUUUUCACCAAAUAGUGACAAACAUAAACACAAAGGACUGUAAAAAAAAAAAAAAAAAAAAAAAAAAGACAAAAAACCAACAAAGCAAACCAAAGUAAAGGGCUGUCAGGAGAGGAGGCUGUGCUCCCUGCAAACCACUGAGCCGGUGGCUGCCCAGACCUCUGCCCUCUGGGCUACCAGUUAAAGGACUUGGGCCUUUUCUUUCACCCACCGUGCACCCUCUGACUCCAGCUUCUCUUCCAAAGACGUGUGCUGCUGCCAGGGAAGGUGGGCAGGGUGAUUUAGAGCGGUUGCGUGGUAUCCGAGAGGGCCUCCCUGGGACAAGAGAGAACAUGCUGCGGGAGGCAUCUCCGCUCCCUGAGAUUGUUCAUAACGCUAUUUUUUUUUUCUCCCUUUAACUACGUACCUCAGAGCAAAGAGAAGUCCAGGGUGAAGAAAAGGCUGAAUUGGCGAUGUUUUUUCUCAUUCAAGUGCCUUUGUUUCUGUCAUGAAUCCACUCUGGGCUGUAUUACUGGGGUGACAGUAUCGAUCCCAGGUGUGCCUUAGGUCCAGCCAUAUAAUCCCUCACACCCCCAAUCUUUGUAAUAUGUGUAAUUUUGUAUGGCCUUUUGACUGUACACAGGCACUUUGGAAGGCAUGAGUUGGAAAAAAAAACUCCUUCCAAACUAACGGUUAAUCCAGUUUCUCAAGAGAUGGCCAGUGCCCAAACACCACCCUCUUCCUGCAUCUGCAGUUGGGAAGUGCUGCAAGCUCAGAGAAACCCUUAGCUGGUCAAAGGACAAGGACUUGGUGUUCGUCAGCCUGCCCUGUUUUAUCUGCAUUGAAAAUCUGCUCUCAUAAAAGGUCCCUGCCCUCAGAGCCCUCCUCAGGUUUUGUAGCUGGACACCCGCCAUUUCAUUUAGACUUAAAAUAAAAGGGCAAAAGAAGCUCAGGCUCCCAUAUGUAUCAAAUCAUAAAAUCUGGCUCUGAGAAGCCCCUGUUAUGGUGAGGGCUCAUCUCAUCUGCCCGCACCAGGUCUUUCCCACCGUCACAGGCUGAGCCAAGCGCAGACCUGACUUGGUGGAGCUCACCCAAGCGGUAGGCGAGGCAGAGAUGCUCCUUCACGGCUAGGGCAGGUGUCCUGCCCUUUACUCCACGGGUGCUGUCACCCAGUGUAGGGGAUGGAGCGUGACCCUCCCCAAAGAGCGGUGUGGUCAGCUUUCAGAGGAAUUUAGCGCAGCCUCGGCGGCCUCUGCAGAGCUUCUCCAUGCUGGCUGAUACUUUAUUUGGGAACGGCCCAUCCGUCAGUCAUGAGCUGCAGAGAGCUGAAAAUCCUAUCAGUCUGGCUGCCAGCAGAGGGACCUAGGAUGCGCAGACACAGCCAAAGACGUGGUGAUCCGGAGAGACUGGGACAUUGCUACACCAGCUCCAUGGUCAGCCAUGUCCUGCCAGCGCUGCUGAGCUGUCUAAAUGGAGCUUUUUUGUGCAGAGCACUAAGCAGCGUUAGCUGUUGUGUAUUUUUUUU